AUGAAUUUAAUGCUGGCACAGCUCAAGUGCAAUUGGAGGUACAAAGAAGUCGCUACGAAAGGCGUCAUUCGAAGAAAGGUGCUCGAAGGUAAACGAGCCAAGUCUUGGAAGCCAGGACGAACCUCUGACACGCGUGUUAUCAGCGUCUUAGAUCACAGUGCCGAAAGUGUGGAUACCUUGGACUACGAGCCGCCCCCGGUGCUGCCACCGCGGCGCCCGCCCUGGCCGUCCAACAGCCCGAGCAGCACCGCCUCGAGGUACAUCGGGCAGCAGCGCACCACCUCCACCACCACGUCCUCGCUGACAGCGACGGCGGCUACGACGACUACCACGUCGACGACGCUAGUACCGGCGUCCCGAGGCUCAACGACCUCCUCGUCUGCGCGAGUGUCGCCGCAGCCGCCACCCUUGACGCCGCCCCAGUAUCCUGCGCCCCCACGGCCCCCUAGUCGAAACGGUGGGGAUGAAGCGCGUGUCGCGAGGGCGAGAGGAAGCGGACGCGGAGCAUUACCGAGCAUCAUCCUCGCUAAUGGAACGCCCUUGUCGAGAGUGCCACCACCUCGCGCGGGCUGGGCAGUGCGUAUCAACGAGGCGACACUUACAACCCCAACUCAGUCAAUUAAUCGUCAUCAGCAACAGCAGCAGCAUCAUACAUCGUGUCCAGGUACACCGAGAGCCGUCGAACAAUGGGCUAGCGAGCGGGCAUCGUCGUCGUCGGCUUUGUCGGUUUGUGGUACCGCGUCACCAUCCUCGCCAGAAGCAGCAACAGCAAGGAGAACGGGAACAGGAUCAAGCAGGGUCCUCUCAUCGUCGAGUCGAGUCGGUGGAGGAAGAGGAGCAGUGGGAGCAGUGGGAGCAGAGGUCACCGGUGUCCGUUUCGCGGAUCAUUGGCAGGAGGAGGAAGAGCUGGAGGCGAAGGAGAAGGAGGAGCACCGGAAGCGUCGCGUGGACGCAGCGGCGCGUUACCAAGCCGAGCAUCUUGGACUGAGAUCCGGUCGGCCGAUGUCGCAGAACAAUGCGAUACCGCCGCUCUCGCGGCCACCCUCCUCGCAGACCAGUGGAAUAAACGGAACGGAAAACGGGCUCGACGGUGCCGCGACCGACGCCGACGACGGGGACGCGCAAUCGGCAAUUCACCAGGCCGUUCAGCCUAGCAGAGUGCACGAUCACAAUCGGCCGUUUCCGCCACCGCGGUUGCCAACCGUGCACGUAGCAUCGCCGACGCCGGUGAACGCCGCGACCACGCUGGCGACCAGCGUCGUCACUACCGCCACCUCGACCACCCCGUCGAACCCUAGGAUCCCGGUGACCACCGCGCCGCUCAGCCCGUUGUCCAGCACCUUCCGAAGCAGACCGCGAAACGUCGACACGUCCGGCGAUGCGUCGCCCAGGGGGGUUGUACCGAGCGACACGCCGCCCAGGAGUCCCAUCGGCGAGGUCAGCCUCACUGUCCCGCGACCGGACGGCGAGAGGACCAUCAACGAGUACGUCGAGGGUCCGUUCAAGCAUUGCUGCCUGAACCAGGACCGUCGACUCGAUCACGAGAAGCGUUCCGCCACCACCGACUGUCCGAAGCUCGACAGGCGACAGCAGCGUCGGAAGGGUCUGUCGGACGCCUCGGUGGCCGCCACUCAUCAUCGAUUGCACGCGGCCAGGGCCCAUCAGGCGUUUCGAAGCGGAUUGAACCCGACGGGGACGCACGCGGCCGCGUCCACAGCCGCGAACGUCGCGGCGACGAACGCCGUCACCAAGCAACCGGUAUCCUUCACCAAGGAGCCAGCCAACAACCUCGCCUCCAGAACCUACGAUCCGGCCGGUUUGUCGAUAAUGUGCAAUUUCUGCGGCAGAUGCCGAUGCGAGUCCUGCCGCGAGCCGCCGCCGUUGCCCAGCAAGUGGCUGUGCGACAACAAGUGCUUCUGUUCCGCGGACACUAUCCUGGACUAUGCGUCCUGCCUCUGUUGCGUGAAGGGACUGUUCUAUCACUGCGCGGACGGCAGCGGCGGUGGCGGGAUCGACGGCGAGGCGGCCGGAAGCUGCGCGGACGAGCCGUGCUCCUGCACGGGGAACAAGAUGACCUCCAGGUGGGCAUGUCUGGCCGCCCUCACCCUGGUGAUGCCGUGCUUGCUCUGUUACUGGCCGUUCAAGGGCUGCGUGGCCAUUUGCGAGGCAUGCUACGCGCGACACGCCGCCCAGGGCUGCAGGUGCAACCCGGGCACUCUUGGGAGCCAGGCCUCGGGCAGGCAUCAUCCGAUCACCAACGACAUCGGGGACUCGAGGGACCCGGAGAAGAGGUUACUCGACCCGGUUACACCCGAGCUCUAAAGCGUCGCGUACGGGAAUUCCUCGCUUGACGGUAGCCGAUCCGGUGACCACCUGUCGGACGGUCGUUCGAACAAAUGUUAACACAGCGUUGGGGAUGACUUAAUUUCUUGGAUCCCGUACUGAAAUUCUGUCUUUAAGCAAGGAAUUACGCGUUCGAGGUUUACCGCGUUGACUGCCACAGCGUAUUCGCCCGAAAAUCCUUCCCACGCUACGGAAAACGAAAGAACGUCUGUUUUUAUUUUCUCUGCCUUCGCGGUGCCUUAUUCUCGAAAGAAUCCAACGCAACUACAAUCUAUCAGAAAUAAUUAACACGGUAAAAUACGGGUGUCAACAUAUCCGGGCAACCUGUGGCAAUCGACGGGCAAAUCAGCCGCGAACCGGAAAUGGACAAGAUUUUAUUAGAAUAUCGAACGACGGAUACGGUUAUUCGAUGGAAAUAAAUUUCGUUCCGUGAUUGAUAAAAUUUGACUUUCUCUGAUCGAUCGAUCGGAAGUCGUUGGUCCUUUUGAUCGUCGUUCGAAAUAUGUUAUUCGAAUGAAAGAUUUUGUCCAUUUUUUUGCCGCGAACCUCCUCUGCUCGUACGAGCCAUCUGACGGACGAUCGGAACGGUGGAGUGUCGUGUGGCGCUGGUGUCGAGGGACGAACGAUCGUCGACGGGGGCCGAUAUCCGCCGAUUCGAGACGAGUUGUGUACGCGAUCGCGCGGAGGGACACAUUUGGGAACAAAGUGAAUCGCAUCAAGUACAAGCAGUUGCAUUUAAGUCGAGAAACGAUGAUACGUGCGUUGGAAGUUUCGACGAGUUUGUACGUCUGACGUCGCGAGUGUUUUAUUAUUUAUUAUUUCUCUUCCAUGCGCACGCGCUCGCGCGCGAGCCAGAGAAUGAAAGAAAGCACGCGAGAGAGAGAAAGAGAGAAUGUCGAACGAGUGGGAAAAUGGCGGAAUGGAGAAACGAAAGCGUGGUGGAGAGAUUGGCGAGAAAAAGGACAAGGGAGGAUGACGGGGUUAGCGAAGGAGAAGAGCGCGGAACGUUGGAACAAGAUGGCGGAGAAAGGGCGAGAAAGACGAUGAUAAGGUACGCGAGCGUGCGUAUUACGCAGAGACCACUUAUAGUAUAGAUAGGUCUGUACACGAUAAAAUAUAUAAAUAGUGCGCGCACACACGGAGAACGAGUGGACGAACGUGCGAGAGAGAAAGAGGGUAAAUAGAAGAAACGCUAAAGUAUAUUAAACGCAUGCACGUGUGUAUGUAUGUACGUGUGUACGUAUGUACAGACACACGUGCAGUUUGUAUAAAUGCGUGUAUGUGGAAGUACAGAAUAUUCGCGUUAUUAUUGCCCGUCGUUUUUCUCGCGAAUUAAUCGCGUCCGAAAGGGGUGAAAGUUUUACUAAUUUCUUUUUUGCCCACUGGAAUUUAAUGGUAAUUUAGUUUCAUAAUAUCUCUAUUAUACUAGUAACGUAAACAUAACCUAACCUCGCCGAUUAUAGUACAUUUCGAAUCAUAAAGUGCAUGUCCAGUGCAACAAUGUUCAAGGUUAUGCGAGAUUGGAAGAGAUACUCGUAUUUUGUUUAUUUGAGUAUUUUAUACAAGCACGUACAGUGGACCAAUAAAAUUUGUUCGUUUUCGAGGAAACUGUUCCAAGUAAUUUUUUCCCGAUUAAUCGCGUGGCCUUGAACGCUAUUGUAUUGGGUAUCUCUUGUCUUGUCCGCAUAAUACAAUAUGCAGUGGUGUUUCUCAACCUGAGGUCCAUGGACCCCUGAACAUAAAUGCUUCCCAUAGUAUCAUAAUCUUUCAAAAAUACAGGUUAAAAUGUUUCUUGUUGUUAAUAACCAACAACAUUACAAAUGAACCGCUGAAAUUGUUUGCAUUGUUUUGUACUUAUAACAUAUUUAUUCUGCUUUCGCUAAAAAUACUAAACGAAAGCCAAGAAUGUAAUAAUUAAUCUACUAUUAUACAGUAUUAAUUGAAAUCACAGGAUGCGAAUCCGUUAAUUUCUUACCAUAUUUAUUUUGAUACAUCGCUUAGAAAACUUAUAAACAGUUUAAUCCUGUAUAAUCCAAACUAUACUUAGCUUCUUAAAAACAUUAUGUAAUAGUAGAAUGGGAUAUAAAUUGUAACAAACGCAAGGUUCCAUCCUAGUCUGAGUAAUUGUAAAGAGAUUAUUCGUGGACCAUACUAUCGCUUUAAAAUUAUAAUUUGUACAUAUUGAUAAUCAUAAUAGAUAGUGGAUAUGGAUCUUUAUAAUAUAUAAAGUAUAUAGAGGGUUGAAUUGAAAAAUAUGAACUUAUAAUGCAGAUAGAAAAUAAUAAUAUUAUUUUAUUCUAGGGAGUGUCUUGGACCAAAUGUUCUCUGAGAAACACCGAUAGAAACAAAACAGUACAUUAAGAAAAGAAGUUACAGCCGCAUUUGUGAUUCGAAAUUUAUUCCACGUUUUUGUAAAUUGUUUAAAGGUUUCCCCCUACGAAGAAUAGUAAAACUUUUUCCUCUUUCAUUUUUUUCUUGGUACCGUUCGACGACAGUUGAAUUUUCCCAACUUUCUUCCCGUGUAAAAUUGAGAUGGGAAAGUAAUAGUAUUUUCGGAGACACGAAUAAUUAAAUAUUAUCGUUAAUUGUAUCGUUUAAUCCACUGUUGCGUAACACCCAGUUGACCGAGGCAAGUUUUACUGGAUUCCCCGCAGAUUAUUCGCUUAUUUACCCCGGAGUAUUAAACAAUUGGACGUACAAACAACGAAGAAAUUACGUUAUCGAUACGACAAAAUAAAACUCACGCGACGGAGGGUUAAUUUAGCCCCUCCAGGCAGCCCCUAGUAAUUUAUUACCCCCCCAAGAUAUCCCUCGGGGAGGUUUCUAGCGACCGAGCCCCGAAGGCAUCUCGGUUUCUAGAAAAGUAUCGCCGGAUCAGUGAUAACGCGAACACCCUGUAUACGCAUAGAUAUAGAUAUGUAUAUUGUAUAUUACAUUUGUAUAAAGAGCAAACUUUUCUACGGUUAAUUUAUUCGUGGCUGCGUCGCCGAGUAAAAUAGAAUAUUCUACGUGUAGAGGGGGCGAGAAUGUUUGAUCAGCGGGCGGUGAAAGAAUUUUCAGGGGGCCGUUCCAGGUUGCCUUUACACAUACACAGAGACACACACGCGCGCGCGCGUAUAGGCGUACGGUAGAAAAACGCGCGCGAGAAUGGAGAAACGGGGCGAGAAAAAUUGAACGAGAGACAGAGAGAAUGGAAAAAGGAAGUUGGGGAGCGAAACGGAGGGGGAGGAGAUAGAAAAAGAGGAGGAUGCUCUCUGAAAAGAAGCAUUGUCCGCGUUUCCGAGCGUUUUCCUCCAGGUUCUCUCGAUGUACACGGUACAUACACCCCGCUUUUAUACUCGUUAACAACUGGUGGGGCACGUAUCGAGCGUGGCUUGUACGACACACGGAGAUAUCGAGAUAACGCACGCGUGUUCGGUUGCGUGAGAGCGGCGAGCGUCUGUAAUAAGAAUGAACAGGGAAUGGGGGGCGGGGGAGGGAUUUGCGUGUGCGUGUGGGUGUUUGUGUGUGAUAUGGGUGUACGUGCACGGGGCACGCCGAGAAAUACGGGCAGAUGGAAAAAGGACAAUUUCGCGGGGGCGUAGGGAAACAGAUAUCGGGGCAUACGCGUGAAAUCUGGUCGUGGAAGACGUACCGUGUGCUCGUGAAUUGAAUAAGGUGCAAAGACGGGGAGCUACACCAGCUACUCGGCCUAAAGCCACGUUCCCACGCGAUACUUCGACCCUUUUGGUACCAAAAAAUCGAGAUACCGGCUCCAGAACGUUUGUCGUCAGCUUUAACUCGCGGAUAAAUGUUAUAUUUAUUUUAACGAAAGUACAUCACCCUUGGAAAGCAAAUUGUAAGGUACUGAAAGGGUUAAUGUUAAUGCAGAUUUGUCGAUAUCGAAGGUAAUAGAAUGUUUCGUGUAUGUUCUUGUUUUCGAUUACGAUGGGGCCUUCUGAAUAAUUUCAGCGAUUUUUAAUACGUUGACUGCCACGCUGGUUUUCCAUGAGACGUCCUCGACAUUUGUUCAAAUUGUAGUGUUGAAAAAUAGAAAUAUUUGACAAUUCAAAUGGUGUACCUGUUAUUUUGUAACAUUCCUAACACAAGUAUUCGGGCUCCCUGAGCGUUAACGAUUCUCAAACGCGCGCGCAAGUUUGAAAUGAUAGUUACCAGUUAGCUAUCAUGGCAGUCAACGCGUUAAUAUUUUCCUGACGACGUCUUCUCUGCGGUCAAUAUUUUCCAAAUUCGUUAUUCCGUGCACUCGAGCUCGGAAAACUAUCAUAGAUCCCUGGCAGAACGGCAGGCGACGUACCUCCAAACGAACGCAAACGGGGGCAUAUCCAGCUCCUCCGCGGCGAACGCGUUUAUUAAUUUCUUUUUUCCAGUAUUAUCUAGUCGUGUGUGCGAGUUUAAUUAAUAAUUGUUCCGCGGCGAGCGCCGGGGUACGGUUGCCAAUCCGCGACGAAUGGCAAAUAGAGGAAACGCGACGAGAAUCUUCGCCUUAACGAACGCCGAGUUUAACGUACCGGGUAAUCGUUUUCCUCGUUAGUCGGGAGUACCGGGCGAACUUUUUCUCUCUCUCUCUCUCUCUCUCUUGAGCAAGAUUUUUGGAAUAAUUAACGCUUUCGAGGCCGCUGAUUCGCCGCCAGAGGCCGAGGCGCGGCGUUUAAUUGCACGGUAACAGCGCUUCCCACGCGGCCCAAGGUGUGUUAACCUUCCAUUGCUCGCCUCGCGGGGCUCGAUCGUUAAAGAACGCUCGCGCUGACAACGUUUCUCGAGGCACCGUCUCUUCGGUGCUUCGAUUCGAUUGUUCGGUCUCGAAAAUCCGACGAAAACCACCCUCCGAACGGACAAACGAUUACGCUUUGACUUUGACAAACGUAAAGCCACCUUCCCGCUUCCUCGACAGCGUUUACGCUCUGUUCGAAAGAUUCCUUCAAGAUUGUAGACCCUCUCUAGUUUCAUAGAAGGACGGUUUUAAUAAUUUCAAGAAUUAGUCUUAUCAUUUAAUUAUUCGUGAUCGAGCAUGGAGGCUGCAGUUUAUUAACGAGAUCGCUCCAAAGAUUAUUGGAACGAUGUUUCUUCCGAUCGCUCGCUCGCUUCGUUACCCGCGAAGAGGUAGCGAGAUGCCCGAAGAAACGAAACGUUCGCGCGUUCGCUGCUACUCGUUCGUUCGCGAUCGAGCUAGCGACGAUAGCUCGUGGAAAGAUCACCGCCCGCGGUGAACGCGUCGAGCGAUCGCGAUUGGCGAGCCCUCGACCCGCGUUCUGCACUCUCAGAAUCAGAAACAAACUUAACAAUUGCGAAUAAGAACUGUAAAUUAUCUCAAUUUUCACCCGAAGCGGGACUCAUCAGAGAUCCCAAUUUUUUUAAAUACUACGAGCGAGAUCGUGACUUUACGUUUCGAAAUCGAUCCUCUUUCGCUUCCAAAACGAAGAACGAUUUUAAUUCAAGUCGCGGGACUCUCGAGGUAUAAACGCGUGCGUUUGUCGAUCGAAUGUUCUUUUACGAAUCGCGUAACACCGUGACGAGCAAUUCGAAGCAACACUCGUUACUGUUAAGCUAUUACACGUUCUCGCGGAAGCGGGUCUGGGACUUCCUGUCGUACCUUUCUGUAUUCCAAUAUUCGAGCUCUUUUGGUCAUUCGAUCGUUCGUAAAAUAUAAUUCGAACACGUCUAUAUACAACAGUAUUUAUACACGUUUAUAUUCAUGCAGAUCAUUAAUCAUUUUCUAUGAAUCGAUCUCGGAUCGUUCGCGCGCGUGACUAGAAUCCAGCCCAACGGGAAGAUGUAGUAUUUAAAUACAUCAGUAUCCGCGUUAUUUAAAUAGCGCAAAUGCAUAAAUAAUUUCUUAUUUGAAUAUUUAAUCUUCCGUUGCGCAAUACGCCUGAUCGUGAACGCGAUGAAAAUAAUUCUAACACGAGCGCGCCGAUCUAUUGCGCGCCAACGUGGCGCCAUUGUCGUCGAUACCAUUUCUCGGUCGAUCGUUCAAUUUUUCGCGCUACACGUAAAAUCACUAAUCGCGAGGAACAAAGUAUCCAGAAGGUAAUCAUCCGUCGUAAAAAAAAAAUAGAUAUCAGAACGUUUUCGAAACCCACGGAACGUCGAGCUCCGAAACGAAACGAUCACCAAAAUGAUCAAUGAGAGAGGUCCCACCGUGCGUAUACAACGAUCCCAUUGAUGUUUCGAGCAUACCUGUCUGUCCCUGCGUGCAUGUCUCACACAUGUUUGUAUGCGUGGUCUGCGUGCGUGCGUAUGUGUGUGCGCGUGUCUCACCAAGCGAAACAAAAACUUUUUAUUAAUAUUAACUGUAAUACGCUCUGUAUAUGUCUUGUAAAUAUAUAUAUAUAAAUAUUAUGUAUACAUACACAUACACACACGCGCGUACGUAUAUAUAUAUUUAUGCAUUUCUGUUUAACGAACUGAGAAGUCAGUAGCUUUCGAGAAACAGCCCAAAAUAAUUCGAUCCACCGAUUAAUUUCCAAUAUCGUCUAGAACGCUGCUUUCUUUCUUUUUUUCUUUUUAUUUUUCUGCUUUCCCUCUUCCGACGUUCGCGUUGUCGCAUCGUACUUAGGGCAGCGGGGCAGCCUUCGAUCGUAGGUGUCCUUCCAAACGCAGGUGCUGUGCCUCUCUUCUUGCGAACAAAAUCGAAACAGUCAAAUUUCACGCGGAGUUGUUCCCGAUCUCUCGGGGACUCUGCCCUCGAAACCGGUCGAACUCGAAUGGGUUUUCGAUUCCGUUGCAAGUAUCCGUAACGCGGAUAGAUGCGAGAAGCGAGGUUGCAGAAAAGGAAACAAUUAUCACGAGAAAAACAGAGACUGCCGCGUAAUUGGACCAAUAUCGUCGCGAAGGGGAAGAUCCAUAAACAGGAGGGGAAAGGGAGAUCAAAGAGAAAGAAUGAAAAACUAGCGUACGCGUGUGGGUUCCAAUCACUCUGCUUGGACCAGCGGUUUCCAAACUUUUCAGCAAAUAUCAAUUUUCUCUGAUAAAAAACGAAAACUCCCACCAUCCGGAUAAAUUAUAAGCUUCGAAAAAUCCUCAGCCCUCGUUGCACAGAGCGGUCAAACAUCGACGUACCUACGUUUCUUUUUUAUGUACAUGUUACGUACAUAAAACGCACGCGCGCGCGAGAGAGAAAAAGAAAGAGAGAGAGAGAGAGAGAAAGUGAGAGUGAACAAACGAUGUAUAAAACGAGAAAAACGUACCAAUUCGGUGUAUUAACUUCCCCACCCCCCCAAACAACAACCCUUCCCCUCAACCCCUGAUGGACGAUCGAUACAAAUUCGCCUCAAGCUGAACGCGUUUUUACGUUUGAUGAUAAUAAUAUAUAUAUAUAAAUAUAGUCUGUAUACGUAUAUUAUUGUAUUGCGACGACGAGAACUCGGAGAAAAAAGUAAACGAAAACAGAAAUUCCACACUCUUCACUUCCGGUUGAUGCGAAUUCGUUACGUCCAUAGGAAUGCGUUGACGCACAUGUUGUUAUCUAAUUGUUAGUAGAUUCAGGUUUAUAC